UAAUCUGUAUUCGUCAGCUGGUUUUGGAAAAAAACAAAGUGUAUCCCGCGCAUUCUCCAAUUGUCUGCGCACUGUCGAACAUACUUGAACUCUCUGGGACUGGCAUAUCAUUUCCAGGAACAGAACUAGGCAUAAGAAGCCGCAAGGUGCACUGGUUUUUGUAUUGGCUGGCGCCUAAAACACGCUCACCAGAGUCGCGGGCCUGUCUUAUCAUAUCUUAGCGCACUCAAUGCGCAAUCUAUCAAACUUAGAUUAGCUAUGGAAUUCUCCAUAAAAGAAGGCGCUGACACCCGGAUACUAUUCAAAACGAGCAGGGGCUGAUUACAACAUGAAUACGUUCAGCGAAAAAGACCAAAAAAAGGAAACUUACUCUGUGGACGUCGAGCUGGUGAGCUAUCCUAACAGACAUUUCAUUUCAUCUGGGGCAAAAGAUUUCGACGAUCGUCUCGAUGUUGAAAAAUAUGGUGAGACUAAAAGAAAGCUAUCUCCACGUCAUGUCUCCCUCAUGAUCAUCGGCCAGAGUAUCGGAACAGGGUUGUAUAUUGGUUUGAAAACACCGCUACAGGAGUCGGGCUCCCUCGCUCUUUUUAUCGGAUUCGUGCUUUGGUCGGUCACCAUGGUAUGGCCUUUGAUGUUGGCGGUUGGAGAGAUGUGUACAUAUUUGCCGAUCAAAGGCUCGUUCUUGCAUUAUGCCGCCAGAUGGCUUGAUCCAGCCAUGGGGUUUGCCGUCACUAUUAUCUACUGCUACACAUCACUCAUGUUCUUAUGUGUUGAGGUGGUUGCGUUUGCAUCGGUCAUCAGUUAUUGGACUGAUGCCUCGCCGGCGAUAUUCAUCACUAUAGGCUUGCUUUCCAUUUUGUUCUUCAAUGUGUUUGGUGUCAACUGGUACGGAGAAAUUGAGUUUGUUUCUUCUAUUCUUAAGGUCAUUCUUAUUGUCGGACUCAUGUUCUUCACUUUGAUCGCCAUGUGCGGCGGAAAUCCCAACGGGGACGCCUUCGGAUUCCGUAACUGGUCUGAAGGCGGACUUAUUCACGAGUAUCUUGUGUCCGGCUCUACAGGGAAAUUCUUGAGUGUUUGGAACACUCUUCUUUAUGCAGCUUUCGCAUGUGGAGGGGCUGACAUGUUGGGAAUGAUUGCUGGCGAGGUUUCCCAACCAAGAAAAAACAUUCCACGUGCUGCAAAGAGAACAUACAUCAGAAUCUACUUGUUUUACAUUGGUGGUGUUUUUUUUAUGAACACCUUAUGCUCUUCAGUGAACCCUGAAUUGAUUGCCAACAGUGACAAAGCAGGUGCAGCUUCGUCACCUUGGGUUAUCGGUAUCAAGUCCGUUGGUGUGCAAGGUUUGGAUUCGUUAGUCAAUGCUGUGGUCAUGACAUCUGCCUGGUCGUGUGGAAAUGGUUUCACCUAUGGUGCUGCUAGAAGUGCCUAUUCUGCAUCCUUGGCUGGCUACCUUCCACGAAUUUUCUCCAAAUGCUUGAAGAAUGGUUGCCCCAUUGUUGCUGUUUUAUUUUCCAUGCUCGUUGGAUGCUUGUCCUACAUGAGUGUUUCUGAGUCUUCCAACACGGUUUUCAACUGGUUCAUCAACUUAUCUACGACAGGCAUAUUGUCGACGUACAUGGUAAUGUGGUUGUGCUACUUCAAAUUUAGAAAGGCUGUGGUGACUCAAAACUCCGAUCAAUUGGAUGACAAGUAUUAUAAAGUUCCCAAGUUGAUAAGCCCAUGGUUGUGUUACUGGGCUGCUUUCUUCAACUUCACUGUACUUUUCUUCAACGGGUUUUGGGCAUUUUUCCCAGGGAAUAUAUCUGUGGCCAACAUAUUCACCUCCUACUUUGCCCCUGUUUUCUUCGCUGUUCUCUAUCUCUUCUGGAAAGUUUACAGGAAAACGAGCUGGAGAUCGGCUUUAGAAGCUGAUAUCACCACGGGUAAACUCGAGAUCGACGAAGAAGAAGCUUUGGAGAGAGACGAGCUCGAGGCCAUUCCCAAAAAGGAAGGCUUUCUUUGGAAAGUUUGGUACAAAACUUGCGAUGUUCUUUUUAGUUAGGAACAUUAUAUAUAUACGUACUCGUUGUUGAUCAGCGUAUGUAUAAUCGAAUUUGUCGUACUUUUAACUCCGUGAUGAGAUUCUGAAGGACUGAAGAUUCUCGCCGCACAUCUCUCAGCACAUUGAAAAACGUACUUCUCAGUAUUUCGCAACACCAGAUUUGUAUUCUCUUCACCCGUAAGUAUGCCGGUUUUUCUUCUUCUCGCGAAACCCGAGAUUCUGCC